AAAUAAAAAGACUAAAUAGAUGGGAAGAUGUUCGUGGUUAGACUUUAUUUUUAUUUUUCUCCGCUCUUGUUGGGUUCCUGUCUUUUUAAGAGUCCGGGUUUGUUAUUGGCGGAAGUGGGUCCGUCCCUGAAAUCCCUCCGCGCAAACAGGUCCCCCGCCCCGAACGGCUCAGACAUCAGCUGACCGCGGAUCCUCGUGUUCGUCCGCUGGAGUCUGUCUGUAACCUUUACCGCGGUUAAUGAACCUGCUAUCAAACCCGCCGUCGCACGCGCUUUUCGGUAACCGCGCAGGAACGUGUUAAUCGCGCCGUUCCGGUUGAGAACGUGAACCACCAUGGCCGCCGAGAUAACGGCUCGGCCCGUGUCCCAUCAUGGGUUCUAAGAGAGAGGUUCUGACCCAAGAGUACAUCAAGAUGAUGACGGAUAUGAUCGUGCUGUGUGUCACUCUGGCACUGUCGCUCUUCUUCUGGGUCGUCUCCCUCACCGUGAGCGCCGUCUCUGGUAAUCUGCAGCCCGUGUCGCCAUGGCGAUGGCUGUUCUCCAUCCUGGUUCCCCUGAUGCUGACGGCCCGCGCGCUGAAGCGGCGCAGUCUGGACCGGUCCGGCGCUCUGGGAGCUCUCCUCGUCGGGUUCGUGUUGACCAUGGCCAAUUACAGCUUCUUCUCGGCGCUGCUGGCGUUCUUCGUCACGUCCUCCAGGCUGACUCGCUGGGGGGCCGCCAAGAAGAAGAAGAUAGACGCAGACUACAAGGAAGGAGGUCAGAGGAACUGGGUGCAGGUCUUCUGUAACGGCGGCGUGCCCACAGAGCUGGCCCUGCUCUACAUGAUCGAGGUGGGUCCGGGGGAGAUCCCCAUCGACUUCGGCAAACAGUACUCCGCCUCGUGGAUGAGCCUCUCGCUGCUGGGGGCGCUGGCCUGCAGCGCCGGGGACACCUGGGCGUCGGAGGUGGGGCCGGUUCUGAGCGAAUCAAAGCCCAGACUCAUCACGACCUGGAAGGAAGUCCCAGCAGGAACCAACGGGGGAGUCACGACCGUCGGAUUGGUGGCGAGCUUCCUGGGCGGCGCAGCGGUAGGCGUGGCUUACUUUGUGACUCAGCUUGUGACGGUGAGCGACCUGCACCUGGCGGACCCCCAGUGGCCGAUCGUGGUGUACGGCGGCCUGGCCGGCCUGCUGGGCUCCAUGCUGGACUCCUUCCUGGGCGCUCACAUGCAGUACUCAGGGUUCGACGCCAGCAUCGGAAAAGUGGUGAGCUACGAGUCCGCCACGACGCAGCGGAUCUGCGGGAAGCCCAUCCUGGACAACAACGCCGUCAACCUGUUCUCCAGCGUCCUCAUCGCCCUCUUCCUGCCCGGGAUGGCGUGGGGGGCGUGGCCUCGAUAGAGAAGCAUCUAGCUAAAGACUGUCGCUUCUGACUGGACAGAAUCUGCUGAAUCGUGUCAAUAAAAGUGCGUGUUCGACCAGGAGCGCCACCUGCUGGAUCUUCAUCACAACCACCGGAACAAGAAGCUCCUCGUCUCUGCUGGUUACCAUGGCGAUUCCUUUUUUUUUAUCAGAAACCCUUUAGGAGGUGGAAUGUUCUAUUAAACACUACAGAUGGUU